AUGGGAGCCCAGCAAGUGAAAGAACGGCACGCAGCAGCGUCCUCGCUAGGAGCCGGCAGCUCGAUACGUUCCAGUCGCAGCAAACCACGUUCAUCAAAGGAUGCGCGUACCCUGGGCUCGAAUAUAUUCACCGAACAUAGCGAAGCACUGCUUCAAUCUCGACCGCUCCCACAUAUACCUCCUCCGGGAAGCUUGCUGCCAACAGACUUACUAAGCCAAAAUCAAGAUGUAUCCGAAAAUCACUCUGGUACGAUACAUUCACAGGGAAGUUCAAGCACAGUGCAGUCCAGCUUUGAAAAUGCACAUCGGUGGACAUCGAAGGAAAAUCUCCUUGCACCAGGACCAGAAGAAGAUGAUCCGCAGCUGUUUGUUGCUCUGUAUGAUUUUAAAGCUGGAGGAGACAAUCAACUGAGCUUACAGAAAGGAGAACAAGUGCGAAUACUUUCUUACAACAAAUCUGGCGAAUGGUGCGAAGCUCAUUCCGAUUCUGGCCACGUUGGUUGGGUUCCGUCCAAUUAUGUGACGCCACUCAACUCACUGGAGAAGCAUUCAUGGUACCAUGGUCCGAUUUCGCGCAAUGCUGCCGAGUAUUUGCUCAGCUCUGGUAUCAAUGGAAGUUUCCUAGUAAGGGAAAGUGAGAGUUCUCCCGGUCAGCGUAGCAUAAGUCUGCGGUACGACGGACGCGUUUAUCACUAUAGAAUAUCGGAGGAUUCGGACGGCAAGGUAUACGUAACGACAGACGCAAAAUUUAAUACAUUGGCCGAACUGGUGCAUCAUCAUAGUGCGUUGCACGAAGGACAUGGUCUGAUAACACCGCUACUGUACCCUGCGCCGAAACAAAACAAGCCAACAGUGUUUCCGCUGAGUCCCGAACCGGAUGAGUGGGAAAUAUGCAGGACAGAUAUUGUGAUGAAACAUAAACUUGGAGGUGGACAGUAUGGAGAAGUAUAUGAGGCUGUAUGGAAGCGAUAUGGUAACACGGUGGCCGUAAAGACGCUGAAGGAAGAUACGAUGGCGCUUAAGGAUUUCCUAGAGGAAGCUUCCAUCAUGAAGGAAAUGAAGCAUCCUAAUUUGGUCCAGCUCAUAGGCGUUUGUACAAGAGAACCACCGUUUUAUAUCAUCACCGAAUUUAUGAGCCAUGGGAACUUGCUAGAUUUUUUGCGUACAGCUGGCAGAGAAACGUUGGACGCAGUGGCGCUGUUAUACAUGGCCACACAAAUUGCCUCUGGUAUGAGUUAUCUGGAGAGCCGAAACUUUAUUCACCGAGAUUUGGCUGCGCGAAACUGUUUAGUUGGCGACAACAACUUAGUGAAGGUGGCUGAUUUCGGGCUGGCCCGAUUGAUGCGUGAUGACACAUACACAGCUCACGCUGGCGCUAAAUUUCCCAUUAAGUGGACCGCUCCGGAAGGUCUGGCAUACAAUAAGUUCAGUACCAAAUCCGACGUAUGGGCCUUCGGGGUUCUACUUUGGGAAAUAGCAACCUACGGUAUGUCACCUUAUCCGGGCAUUGAUCUGACCGAUGUGUUUCACAAGCUGGAAUCAGGUUAUCGAAUGGAGCGACCUCCUGGAUGCCCCCCGGAAGUGUACGAUCUGAUGCGAAAAUGCUGGCAGUGGAAUGCCCAGGAUCGUCCAACAUUCAAGAGCAUUCAUCACGAUUUAGAACACAUGUUUCAGGAAUCAUCCAUAACUGAAGCCGUCGAGAAACAGUUACAAGGGGUGUGCAUGGUUCCUCCGCAGCUUACGCCGCAAAUGAGCAAGAAACCUCACGGUACCAUGCCACAGCAGGCUCUGAAUGCCUCACCACCGCAGCAGCAGGCUCUACUACAGCCGCAAUCACUUUCCCACGAACAAGCUACAACUCCGAUCUCUGAUUCAGGGUCAGGUUCGAAGUUUAGUACAUUUGGGAACAAGCAACCAACGACAGCUGGUGUACAAAUGCGUCGAACAACUAACAAGCGUGGAAAAACUGCACCAGCACCACCAAAAAGGACUAGUCUAUUGUCAUCGAGCCGUGACUCAACGUAUCGCGACGAUGAGAGUUGUAAAGCGGGAGACUUCGAGCAGAAUGCCAAUGGUAAAACAAAUCCCAUCAUGAAAUCGUCCUCUUGCAGUAGUUUCCUUAUUGAUAAGCUGUUUCGAGGUUUUACUCGGGACAUGGUGAGCCUUAUAAACAGAGGUACCGAUUCGGAGAACGAGCAUACAGAAGUUACACCCGACACUGAUACGGACAAUCAAGAACCGCUUGGGUUUCAAAAGCCGUUUCAACAAAGCUCUUUCAAACGAGCUCCAAUUAUGGGAAACCGUGGACUUGAAACGCGUAGCAGUAAACGAUUGUCGUCACAACAAACGCGACGCGAUCAAACGCCGCCUAGAGUCCCAGCGCCAAGUCAAACAGGUGUAGGUACCUCUGGACUACCUCAUCAACCGAUAUUGGGUGCACUAGAAGUGCAAAACGUGAAGAAAGCAAUCAAUCGAUACGGAACUCUACCAAAAGAUGCUCGAAUAGGAGCCUAUCUUGAAUCUUUACGCCAAAGCGAUGGAACCGUGGUACAUCAACAUCCGGUCCAGCAAUUGUCACACCAACAACCGGUUAGCGCACUCGGCUCUGGCAAACAGCUAUCGAAUCAAAACACGAUGUUGGUUUCAGAAUCGCUACCACCACCAAUAACGGCAACUCCCAACGUUGUAUCAAAUAGUAUAUUGGUGCAAAGAAAUCAAGCAAUUAAGUCCCAACCCCAAAUGAUUCGUAGCAAUUCAUCCAGUGGCGUGACAAUGUCCAACUCUGCAACAGCUAGUCUUUCAAAAUUGCAGCGCCAUCGCACGACUACGGAUGGGUCGAUGAUGAGCUUUUCUUCUUUCCGAGGAGUAGUUGGAAGCAAUAGUCCAAAGCGAACUGUUCAACCCACUUUGGCUGAUCUAGAAUUUCCACCACCACCCGUCGAUCUUCCUCCGCCACCGGAAGAGUUUGACUCGCCGUCCGAUCAACGUGGUUUAAGCAUGGAUCAAUCUGUACCAUCAGCUAACGAUGUGAGUAACACCGAGCCGAGCGUCAAAGAAGCCAGCUCACGGUUCGGUGUGAGCUUGCGCAAACGCGAACCUUCCAACGACUCAUGCAGCUCUCUGGGAAGCCCUGCGGAUGCCGCAGCUAACGGUGUAGUUGAUCAAUCAUUCUUGGCAAUGCCUCCCAACCAUAAUGACAUGAAAAUGGAAGCGAAAAAAGCCCCUCCAUGCAAAGAUGCUACGUACGUGCCAAAAUUUUUGCAGGCUGAAGAGAAUAGUUGUAAUAACGGAAGCAACAAUGAAAAAAGUAUCAGUGGUGCUGUAGUAGAUACACCCGACACAUCAUUACAUUUGGCCAGUGAUUCAUGCGAAAUUUUAAAUCAACCAAAAGCGACAUCGCCACAUCAUUCUUCUGAAUCUCCUCAGCCAAUAUCCCACUAUAAAUCGUCGGAUGUGGUUAGUUCCUUGCGGAAACCUGUACCAGUAUCAAAGUCCACCAUCCCUACAAGCAGAAAAACUAACCUAAGUAGUUGUAGUCCUUCUGCUGAGCCACCAUCUUUCAAGACUCAGCUGAAAAAAGUGGAACCGGGAACCACAGUGAAAAAAGAAGACAACUCGGCCAGUAUCAUUGAUUUUAAGGCUAGACUUCGUAAAGUGGAUCCAAACAAUGUUGACUUGUCCAACAAUGGUGCUGGAGUCAGCGGAUGUGAUCUUGAAGACUCGCUGUCAGUGGACAAUAACAACAAGCAUCAGCAACAUCAUCAUGAAAGCAACACUGUUAACAGCGUUCACAAUAGUAAUGUGAGCAGUUCUAACAAUAGUAAUGGUAACGUUUUGAAUAAUAACGAUAAUUCAGCGUCGUCGUCUUCUUCCGAGAACGAAAAUCAUCGGGCAAAGGUAGAAGUUAGCGAUGGGGUGAAAAAAAAUGGCACCAAUUUCGGCGUUUUCAGCAAAGCUCAAGUAGAUCCCAGCAAGGAGCUGAUCCUAGAGAACAAUGCACUCAAUUCGCUCAAAUCAAAAAAGACAAAUUGUCCGUCGAUAGUGACCGGCCUAGCGCCGAUUGAUAGUAACAAGGUGAUUGAACUAAAAAAGACUGAAAUCAAAAUUGAGCUGAGUGAUGAUCGUAAACGGGAAAGUUUAGAGGGUAACUCACUCAAGUUGGAUAGUGGCGGUAGCAGUGGCGACAACCUGUCCACCGGAAGCAGUGGAGCGGGCGCCGAAGAAGGGGAUAGUAAGCGAAAGAGCACGGGCAGCAUUAGUAGCUUGAAGAAGCUAUGGGAAGCAAAGGAGUCGCCAAAUGAUCAACCGGUACAGCUUAGCCCGAAGAUGGGUACAAAAUGUGUCUCCAAUAUGAUACCUAGGAUGAACAAUAAUGUAGAAACAGACGACCAUCGCGAUAAUUCGCUCAACCACCACCAGUUCGAUCAAUCACAAUCGAAUUUACCUACCGGUGCUGCGGCAAGUUUAUGUGGCAACAAGAAACCAGCUGUUCCGAUGAAACCUUCCAAGUUUUCUUCAAUUUACGCAACUCCGAUACAAACCCAAGCUGUUCCUUCUUCAACGCUCGGUACAGGUAGUGCAGUGACUUCAACUAACGUGGCAUCAUCCGGUAACGUCGCUAAGCUGAGUGAUAACACUGCACAGACAUCUGAGAAAUCAACACCAGCACCGUCAACACCAGGUGAAAGAGAACAAAUUCUGGAACAAGUUCAGCUACUGCAGGAUAGUUUAAAGUUAUCGGUGGCAACAAUUUCUGGUUCUCAAUGGUUAGGUAUGAGUGAUCGCCUCAAUUUACUGCAAUCGUAUUGCAUCGCAUUUUCCGACAACGAAUCUCUACCGCCGCACGCCAAGUUCCAUUUCCGAGAGUUGGUGAGUCGUGUUGAAAAUCAGUCACUAUCUUUGCGGUCAGCAAGUAACAGAAACAUCAAGGACAACGAAAAACUGGUACUCGAGGUUGGUCAAUCUCUCAAGCAAAUAUCAAAUGCCUUGCAUAGGUAAUUUCCAGUAAAAUUGUUUAACUUCGAUGAGUCAUUUUAGUUUCAGUUUAGUUCCGAUGCGGUAUGUAAUCGAAGGAGCAAAACAGGCAGAAUUCCAGAACGAUGGCAUAAUAUGUAUAUAUUUUAAUGAGCAUAUGGAAUUUCUUUUGGUAUUUUCUUAAUGUUUCUAUUUCUGUUACAUUUAAAACUAUAAAACCAUAUUCUGUUUUCAAAGCACUAGAUUUUUCCUAUCACUUACAUGUGAUAGAAUUGAUUGUAGCGUGAUUUUGGACAUUUCUUCGGCUCCUGGUGCAUGAAUCGUUUAGCAUUGAAACCGACCUUUGAAUGAGGCUAUAUCUUUUGGAUCCUUAAGAUUAAAUACAUCUCACUGUAGCAGUAUGUGUAUAGAGGUCAUGGCCGUAUGGGAAGCAAUUUUAAGCGUUUUAUGUAAAUCAUUUUAACAAUUUUCAAUUGGCUGCUAGGGGACAAAACACUUGCUCCUUUUAAAAAUUUAUCAUGGCGUGGUUCAGACGCUCGAACGUGAUGAUGGAUUGCUUUUCAUUACAGGGUUUGCUAAUUUUGUGAAAUUUACUAGCUGUGAGGAAAGAGCUAUUACAUGUCAUAUGUUUAUGCUCAAUAAGAUUGCCAAACGAGUAAAUUUUAACAUUGAAAAUGCAACAUAAUUUUACCAGAACUUUGCAACACGUUUUGAAAUGAUAAAAGCAAAACUUAACCAUGAUAUUGUGCUGCGUUUGCUUUUAUGAUGAGCUAUAAUUUUAAUCGUUAGGAAAUUAAACCUUUGCACUUGUAAAAUAUUCAUAUUUAUUGAAACAUAUUUUUCCGUUUUGAGUCGUGAGAAAAAUAUGAGGCGUGAUUAACGGAUAACAAUGUACGGACAGGAAACAACAUGAACUUUGCAUCCGGCCGAGUGGAUGUGAAACGCAUUUGAAGACACUUUUAGUUGUAACGAAACAAAAUGUGUGGUUUGGCUUAGAGUCAAAUAACCUUAGAAGACUGUAAAACAUGUCAUAUAGCACAGCGAAAUCCUACGCUGUACCGUAUGAUAUUUAGAUUACGCAUCACCCAACUCGUGAUUAAUUUCGUGUCCGCUGUAACUCUAUUAUAAAAAUAUAUCCUUGAGCGCAAAGGAUCAUAAGCUUUGCAACGAUACCAAAUUGAAAUAAAGCAAGAAGCAUACUGAAAAAGGAAAAUCAAAACUAAAAUCUAUUAUACUGCAUGCUGUCCAUGACCUUCGAAUUCAUCAGUCAACAACUAACACGCAACUAGCAUAAUGAAUAAUGAAAUAAUUUGAAAACAAUGCUAAACCACAGAGCAAACACUAUUAUCGCGAACUUUAGGCCAAAGAGCUCAAGACUUUUUUUCUAGUUUUAAACAAGAAGAUACGUUAACAGCGUCAAAAGUCGGCAUAUGUCUAAAGGUAAAGGUGAAUCAAACGGGUAGUCGUCGCAGUUGUCAGACGAUAAAUUCUUCGUCUUUAUUUCGACAAUAUAAGUUUAAUUUUUUAAAUUCUCUUGCCAAACUGUGGGGAAAACUGUAAAAAGUUCAACUUCCCAAAGCAUUCUGCGUAAAGAAUUACGUAUACUACAAUUACAUAUGUCGGCGAUUCGAAACAUAGCUACCUUCUCAAAGGAAGACCAUUUCUAGAAUUUCAAUUGUAGGACUAGACUCAUUUGGAUAACUUAUCGAGACCAAAUCGGUUGAUUUCGUAUUGGGCUGGCAUAUGUUUCUGAUAAGUAAUCUACGGGACUCGUUAUAAGAUCCCAUCUCAUCGGAUCAUUAAAGCACCAGUGCUUGAAGCUGAAUGCUGAAUGCAACCUAUAUAAGGUUGCAUAUUUUGUGUUUCGCUUUCUCUACAUGCAAGCUUCUCCUCUUUGGAAUAUUUUCCGUGACAAAUACUAACCUAUCUGAAGUUUGCUAGAUGUUGCAAAUGUAUUGCAUCAGUAAGAGGCUUCCUUCUAGAAGGCUU